AUCGUUAGCCGUAGCUGGACAUCCGGCUGCGAGCUGGCCAAAGCACCCUCCUACGCGGCGCCUUAGCUGUUCCCACUUUUUCGGGCCAGCUGUUCCUCUAGAGUUUGUUAUACUAACUCUAUGGCCUAGCCCCUAUGUCUAGCCCAUGACUGGGCGCGAUAAGGUAUACUUAAUUCUGAACCACCUUGAUGUAACCGAAUGGUGUAACGUAGGUUUGGGCCACGCGAUCAGUUCGCAGUGUGGAAGCACUUCGAAAAACUUGGGUAUGGACUCCACCACCAACCUCGACUCCAGUGCGGUGAGCGAGUGUUUCUGUCUUGCUGGAGAAGCGCUGACAUCAGGCGAAGUCCCCGUAGGCUGUGUUAUGGUUUACGACGGGGAAAGCAUCGCCCGCGACAGGAACCGUGUGAAUGAGUCCAAAAACGCCUGUCGCCACGCCGAAAUGUGUUGUGUGGACCAAGUGCUGGCCUGGUGUAGCGAGCGUAGGCGGGACUUCAAAAGCGUUUUCCCUGCAACUACAGUUUACGUUACUGUUGAGCCGUGUAUCAUGUGCGCUUCUGUCCUGAGCGAGUUGGGCGUCAAGAGGGUUGUCUUUGGUUGCGCCAACGAACGUUUCGGCGGAAUGGGAUCUGUGCUGAACAUGUUCGACGACUCCAACCAGCAGGUUGUUUCGGGAGUGUGGGCCGGGCAAGCCGUCGACUUGCUGAAGACAUUCUACACUGGGGAAAAUCCGAACGCCCCGUGCCCGAAAUCAAAAGCGAAUAGAAAGAAUGUUUGAAGGCGACAUUUGCAGUUUCUUGCGCUUGAAUCCCACCCCGAGUAUGUAUUUUGGGUAGUAUUGAACUUAGCUAGGGUGGCUAAGCCACCCUACCCGUGUACUUAGAUCUAGGUGCACGUUAAAGAACCCCAGGUUGUCACAAUUUCCGGAGCCCUCCACUAUGGCGUGCCUCAUAAUCAGAAAGUGGUUUUGGCACGUAGAACGCUAUAAUUUUUAAUUCAGUGUAACACGAUGGCAUGCCAAAGCUGUGGCCGAGAUUUUGCGGUUAAAUGUCAAAGAUUGGUUGCCUAGACCAUUCUGCUACCCUGACAGCCUCAGUUAUACGUUUUUAUUGCCUCACAAAGAUUCGCUUUUUGCUUAAAGGUGUCGAUCAGCAGAGCAGUGAGAAGAAACGGAAAACACUGAAACCUUGUGUGUUGUAAUUUUUUUUUCCUCACUUGUAGAUAAACGAUUUCAUGACCAGA